GUGGAGGAAGCUGGACUUGUUUGUCAUCCUCCUUGGAAACUGAAAGUUAUCCAACUUUUUGAAACCCAGAAAGUAAGGCAUGGAUUGAUGACACUAGGACCUAGUGGUUCAGGAAAAACUGUUUCCAUCCACACUUUAAUGAAAGCCAUGACAGAUUGUGGACAGCCACAUCGUGAAAUGAGAAUGAAUCCUAAAGCUAUAACUGCUGCACAAAUGUUUGGCCGUCUUGAUGUGGCAACAAAUGAUUGGACAGAUGGAAUAUUCUCAACACUGUGGAGAAAAACUUUAAAAGCCAAAAAAGGUGACCAUAUCUGGAUAGUUCUUGAUGGUCCAGUUGAUGCUAUUUGGAUUGAGAACCUUAAUUCUGUUCUGGAUGAUAAUAGAACUCUAACACUAGCAAAUGGAGAUCGGAUACCUAUGGCACCAAAUUGCAAAAUAGUCUUUGAACCUCAUAAUAUUGAUAAUGCUUCUCCAGCAACAGUUUCAAGGAAUGGGAUGGUAUUCAUGAGCUCAUCAGUUCUCAGCUGGAGCCCUAUCCUUGAGGGAUUUUUGAAAAGUCGCUCAUUCCAAGAAGCUGAAAUUCUGCGUCAGCUGUAUUCUUCAUCAUUCCCAGAGUUGUACCACUUCAGCAUUCAGUGUCUGCAAUAUAAGAUUGAAAUGUUGGAAGCCUUUGUGAUUAUGCAGAGCAUUAAUAUGCUGCAGGGUCUUAUCCCACCUAAGGAGCAAGCAGGGGAACUGACUCCAAAAUACUUGGAAAGGCUGUACAUCUUCUCUCUUAUGUGGAGUGUAGGAGCAUUGCUAGAACUGGAAGACAGAUGUAAAAUGGAGCACUGGCUUCAAAACCAUGCAACAAUAAAACUUGAUCUUCCCUGUGUUCCAGAAGGCAGUGAAGAUACCAUGUUCGAUUAUUAUGUGGCAUCUGAUGGUGAAUGGGUGCACUGGAAUACAUGUGUUGAAGAGUAUGUAUAUCCCAGUAGCAGCACUCCAGAGUAUAGCUCUAUACUUGUGCCUAAUGUUGACAAUGUGAGAAUGGAUUUCCUUAUCAAAACCAUUGAGAAACAGGGCAAGGCUGUCCUACUAAUUGGUGAGCAAGGAACUGCAAAGACUGUUAUUAUUAAAAGUUUUAUGUCAAAAUAUAACCCUGAAAGCCACAUGGUUAAGAGUUUGAAUUUUUCAUCUGCAACUACUCCGUUAAUUUUCCAGCGUACAAUAGAAAGUUAUGUGGACAAGCGCAUGGGCACAACUUAUGGUCCGCCUGCAGGCAAAAAGAUGACAGUCUUCAUUGAUGAUGUGAAUAUGCCCAUAAUAAAUGAAUGGGGAGAUCAGGUCACUAAUGAGAUAGUCAGGCAGCUGAUGGAACAGAAAGGACUAUAUAACCUGGAAAAGCCUGGUGAAUUUACCAACAUUGUGGACAUUCAGUUUUUGGCUGCCAUGAUCCACCCUGGGGGAGGUCGCAAUGACAUUCCACAGAGGCUCAAGAGACAAUUUUCUGUAUUCAACUGUACUCUGCCUUCUAAUUCUUCCAUUGACAAAAUUUUUGGUGUAAUUGGACAAGGGCAUUAUUGUAGUGAGCGGGGAUUUUCAGAAGAUGUGAGUAAAACUGUAGCCAAAUUGGUUCCGCUGACACGCAGGCUGUGGCAGAUUACCAAGCUAAAAAUGUUGCCCACACCAGCCAAGUUCCAUUAUGUCUUCAACCUUCGAGACCUCUCAAGGAUUUGGCAAGGAAUGCUGAAUACUACAUCAGAAGUGAUCAAUGAACCAAAAGUGCUGAUAAAACUGUGGAAACAUGAAUGUAAAUGUGUUAUUGCUGAUCGUUUUACAACUUCGGAAGAUGUAAACUGGUUUGACACAGCUCUGGCAAAACUCAUUGAGGAGGAGUUUGAAGAAACAAAAGUGUUGCUGGAUUCUGAAAUUGAUGCAUUCUUUGUUGACUUCUUAAGGAAUGCCCCUGAAAGAACUGGUGAAAAAUCAGAGGAAGUUAAUUUAGAUAUUCCCAAAAUCUAUGAGCCAAUUUAUUCCUUUCAUCAGCUGCGGAAUCUUUUAAAUAAAUUUCUGCAAGCAUACAAUGGGAAUGUCCGUGGUGCUGGAAUGGACAUGGUUUUCUUUGAGGAUGCUAUGAUUCAUUUAGUCAAGAUUUCUCGUGUGAUUCGCACUCCUCGUGGAAAUGCUCUAUUAAUUGGAGUUGGUGGCUCAGGAAAGCAGAGCUUGACAAGAUUGGCAUCUUUCAUAGCUGGCUAUGAUACAUUCCAGAUAAUGUUAACAAGAUCAUACAACACUUUAAACUUGACGGAAGAUCUGAAACUUCUGUACAGAACAGCAGGACUGCAAGGCAAAGGCAUCUGUUUUCUUUUUACAGACAAUGAGAUCAAAGAUGAGUCUUUCUUGGAAUACCUGAACAAUGUUUUAUCAUCAGGAGAGGUGUCAAACUUAUUUGCACGUGAUGAAGUAGAUGAGAUCAUUAGUGACCUCAUACCAGUCUUCAGAAAGGAACAUUCACGUAAACCUCCAACUAGUGAGGUUCUGUAUGACUACUUCAUGACCAGAGUUCGUCAGAACCUUCAUGUGGUUCUUUGCUUUUCACCAGUAGGUGAAAAAUUCCGUACUAGGGCUCUGAAGUUCCCUGCUCUUAUUUCUGGAUGCACUAUAGAUUGGUUCAGCCAAUGGCCGAAGGAUGCUCUAGUGGCAGUAUCUGAACAUUUUCUCUCCUCAUUUGAUAUGGACUGCGCUGCUAAUACGAAGAGGGAAAUUGUGCAGUGUAUGGGCUCAUUUCAGGAUGGAGUGGCAGACAAGUGUUCUGAUUAUUUUCAAAGAUACAGGCGUUCUACACACGUGACUCCUAAAUCCUACCUGUCCUUUAUUCAAGGAUAUAAAACCACAUACAAAGAAAAGCAUGCUGAAAUGCAUACAUUAGCAAAUAGAGUGAAUACUGGAUUGGAAAAAUUGAAAGAGGCCUCUGAAUCAGUAGCUGCUUUAAGCAGAGAACUGGAGGUAAAAGAAAAGGAACUUCAAAUUGCCAAUGAAAAAGCUGACAUGGUAUUGAAAGAAGUUACAGUAAAAGCACAGGCUGCUGAGAAGGUAAAGGGUGAAGUUCAGAAAGUGAAAGACAAAGCUCAAGCUAUUGUAGACAGUAUCUCAGUUGACAAAGCCAUUGCUGAAGAGAAGCUGGAAGCUGCUAAGCCUGCUUUGGAAGAGGCAGAAGCAGCCUUACAGACAAUAAAACCUGCAGAUAUUGCUACUGUCCGCACACUGGGUCGACCUCCUCACCUCAUUAUGCGUAUCAUGGACUGUGUGUUACUGCUCUUCCAGCGGAAAGUGAACAAUGUGAAAAUUGAUCAGGAAAAAUGCUGUACUAUCCCAUCAUGGCAAGAAUCUUUGAAACUCAUGACAGCAGGGAACUUCUUACAGAACCUGCAGCAAUUUCCAAAGGACACCAUUAAUGAAGAAGUGGUAGAACUUUUGAGCCCUUAUUUUGAAAUGGUGGACUACAACAUUGAGACAGCCAAGAGAGUAUGUGGGAAUGUUGCUGGCCUUUGCUCAUGGACCAAAGCUAUGGCUGUAUUUUUUUCAAUCAACAAAGAAGUAUUGCCUUUAAAAGCUAAUCUAGUAAUCCAGGAGAAUCGGCUAACCACUGCUAUGCUGGAUCUGCAGAAAGCUCAAGAAGAACUGGGUGCCAAGCAAGAAGAAUUAGAUAUUGUGCAGGCAGAGUAUGAAAACGCAAUGAGAGAAAAAAAGACUUUGCUUGAAGAUGCUGAGCGUUGUCGUCAUAAAAUGCAAACAGCCUCAAGUCUGAUAAGUGGUUUAGCAGGUGAAAAAGAGAGGUGGACAGAGCAGAGUAAAGAAUUUGCCAUGCAAACUAAGAGGCUAGUGGGUGAUGUCCUUUUGGCUACAGCUUUUCUGUCCUAUUCUGGUCCUUUUAACCAAGAGUUCCGCAACCUGCUAUUAAAUGACUGGCAGAAGGAAAUGAAAAGCCGGAAAAUCCCCUUUAGUAACAACUUGAACCUCAUAGAAAUGUUGACUGAUGCUCCAACUAUCAGUGAAUGGAACCUACAAGGAUUACCAAAUGAUGACUUAUCCAUACAGAAUGGAAUCAUUGUCACUAAAGCAUCUCGUUAUCCUUUAUUAAUCGAUCCACAGGCACAGGGUAAAAUUUGGAUUAAAAAUAAAGAAGGCAGAAAUGAACUUCAGGUCACUUCUUUGAAUCACAAGUAUUUUAGAAAUCACUUAGAAGACAGCCUUUCUUUGGGAAGACCUCUUUUGAUAGAAGAUGUUGGAGAAGAGCUAGACCCAGCACUUGAUAAUGUUUUGGAAAGAAACUUCAUUAAAACAGGUUCAGCAAAUAAGGUGAAGGUUGGUGAUAAGGAAGUAGAUGUUAUGAAAGGCUUCAGACUUUACAUCACUACAAAACUGCCAAAUCCAGGUUACUCUCCUGAAAUUAGUGCUCGAACAUCCAUCAUUGACUUUACUGUGACCAUGAAAGGUCUUGAAAAUCAACUCUUGGGCAGAGUCAUUCUCACGGAGAAACAGGAAUUAGAGAAAGAAAGAACAGAUCUUAUUGAAGAUGUGACUAUGAACAAAAAGAGUAUUAAAGACCUAGAAGAUAAUCUCUUGUUCCGACUUACAAGCACUAAGGGUUCUCUGGCAGAUGAUGAGAGUCUAAUAAUUGUAUUGAGUAACACGAAGAAGACUGCCGAGGAAGUAACACAGAAACUGCAAAUUUCUGCUGAAACUGAAAUACAAAUCAACUCAGCCCGGGAAGAGUACAGACCUGUUGCAACACGAGGUAGCAUCUUGUACUUCCUUAUUACUGAGAUGAGCACGGUCAAUGUGAUGUACCAGACUUCACUUCGUCAGUUUUUGGUGCUUUUUGACCACUCCCUAGCCAGGUCUACUAAAAGCCCUGUAACUAGCAAGAGGAUUACUAAUAUUAUCGAACAUAUGACAUAUGAAGUGUUCAAAUACGCUGCCCGAGGACUUUAUGAGGAGCACAAAUUUCUUUUCACAUUACUACUUACACUGAAGAUUGAUAUACAAAGAAACAGAGUGAAACAUGAAGAAUUUCUGACACUUGUUAAAGGUGGCGCUUCUCUAGACCUUAAAGCUUGUCCUCCUAAGCCAGCUAAAUGGAUUCUGGAUAUGACUUGGCUGAACUUGGUGGAGCUUAGUAAGCUUAAACAAUUUUCAGAUAUUCUUGAUCAAAUUUCCAGAGCAGAGAAACAGUGGAAAAUCUGGUUUGACAGUGAGAAUCCUGAAGAAGAAUUGGUUCCUAGUGGCUAUGGUGAAUCCCUGGACUGCUUCAGACAUCUUCUUCUUAUCAGAUCUUGGUGUCCUGACAGGACCAUAGCUCAGGCAAGAAAAUAUAUCAUUGACACUAUGGGGGAGAAAUAUGCAGAGGGAGUCAUCUUGGACUUGGAGAAAACAUGGGAAGAGUCAGAUCCACGUACUCCUCUCAUAUGCUUUCUAUCCAUGGGCUCUGAUCCUACGGACUCAAUUAUUGCCUUGGGAAAAAGACUGAAGAUAGAAACACGUUAUGUUUCCAUGGGACAGGGGCAAGAAAUUCAUGCUCGUAAACUUCUACAGCAGACAAUGGCUCAUGGAGGUUGGGCACUUCUACAAAAUUGCCACCUUGGACUAGACUUUUUGGAUGAGUUGAUGGACACUGUGAUAGAGACAGAGACUGUCCAUGAAAGCUUUCGACUGUGGAUGACAACUGACAUUCAUAAACAGUUCCCCAUCACCCUUCUUCAAAUGUCUAUUAAGUUUACCAAUGAACCACCACAAGGGCUCAGAGCUGGACUAAAGAGAACAUACAGUGGUGUCAGCCAGGAUUUACUAGAUGUCAGUGACAUGGUACAAUGGAAACCAAUGUUGUAUGCUGUAGCCUUUCUACACUCCACUGUUCAAGAAAGACGCAAGUUUGGAUCUCUGGGUUGGAAUAUACCCUAUGAGUUUAAUCAAGCUGAUUUCAAUGCUACUGUGCAAUUCAUUCAAAAUCACUUGGAUGGUACAGAUGCCAAGAAGGGGAUCUCCUGGAGUACCGUUUGUUACAUGAUAGGUGAGAUCCAGUAUGGUGGCCGUGUGACAGAUGACUAUGACAAAAGACUCAUGAAUACCUUUGUAAAGGUUUGGUUCAGUGAAAACACAUUCAGUCAGGAAUUCAGCUUCUACAAAGGGUACAACAUACCUAAAUGUGCUAUGGUGGAUCAAUACCUUCAGUACAUACAGAGUCUUCCUGCUUAUGACACACCAGAGGUGUUCGGUUUGCACCCCAAUGCGGAUAUUACUUACCAAACUAAACUUUCCAAGGAUGUAUUGGACAUCAUCCUCAGCAUUCAGCCUAAAGAUAGCUCUGGUGGAGGAGGUGAAACCCGAGAGGCAGUUGUCGCCAGACUGGCUGAUGAUGUGUUAGAAAAGCUUCCAGCUGAUUAUGUACCAUUUGAAGUAAAAGAGAAACUAAAGAACAUGGGACCAUUUCAGCCUAUGAACAUAUUUUUGCGACAGGAGAUUCAACAAAUGCAGAGAGUUAUUACCUUAGUGAGAAGCACUAUGAAUGAUCUAAAACUUGCAAUUGAUGGGACAAUUGUUAUGAGUGAAAAUCUGAGGGAUGCUUUAGAUUGUAUGUAUGAUGGAAGGGUUCCUGCUAGCUGGAAAAAAGCAUCUUGGGCUUCCAGUACUCUUGGUUUCUGGUUUACUGAGCUUCUAGAAAGAAACCACCAGUUUUACAAGUGGAUUUUUGAAAGCCGACCAAACUGCUUCUGGAUGACGGGAUUUUUUAAUCCUCAAGGAUUUUUAACUGCAAUGAGACAGGAAAUAACAAGAGCUAACAAAGGAUGGGCUCUUGACAGUGUAGUGUUGUGCAAUGAGGUCACUAAAUGGAUGAAGGAUGAUAUCACAAGUCCUCCUUCAGAAGGUGUCUACGUGUAUGGGCUGUAUUUGGAAGGAGCUGGUUGGGACAGAAGAAAUAUGAGACUGACUGAAUCAAAGCCCAAGGUGCUCUUUGAGAUGAUGCCAGUUAUAAGGAUAUAUGCAGAGAAUAACACUUCAAAAGAUCCACGUCUUUAUUCAUGUCCUGUCUACAAAAAGACCAUUAGAACAGAUAUGAAUUACAUUGCUGCCAUGGAUCUUAAAACCCUUCAGCCUCCAGAGCACUGGGUACUGCGUGGAGUAGCACUUCUGUGUGAUGUCAAGUAA